AUGAGGUCAUUUACAAAUAAUCAUGAGUUACUGCGUCCUGCUGUCACUCGCUUUGCUACAGCAUAUCUCACGCUUCAAAGCAUUCAAAAGCAAAAACAAGCCCUUAGAUCUAUGUUUUCUUCUGAAACUUGGAAUAAAUCUACUUGGGCUAAGAAACACGAGGGGGUGAAAACAAGAGCCGCAAUUUUGUUUGAUCAAAACUUCUGGCCUUAUAUUGCUUAUUGUGUGAAGAGUGUUACUCCUUUAGUGAGUGUUUUGAGGGAAGUAGAUUCAGAGGAAAAACCAUGCAUGGGAUAUAUGUAUGAUUUGAUGAACAGAGCUAAGGAAAAGAUAGCUAUAAAUUGUGGAUCCAACCAAAAAAAGUAUGGUCCCAUUUGGAAGAGAAUUGAUGAUAGAUGGAAUAACCAACUUCAUCGUCCACUUCAUGCUGCUGGAUACUAUUUGAAUCCUCGGUUGCGAUUUGAUGAAAGGUUUUCUAAUAAUUAUGAAAUCAAACAAGGUUUGUUCCAAUGCAUGGAAAGAAUGUUGGGUUAUGAAGUGAGAUUUAAAGUGGAUGUUCAGUUAGAUUCAUAUGACCACUUGAGAGGGGAUUUUGGAAGUCAGUUAGCUAUGGAUUCUAAGAAAGUACGAUCUCCGACAGAUUGGUGGAUAUGUUUUGGAGGUAGAACUCCAGAGUUGACAAAAUUUGCGAUUCGUGUCUUGAGUCUCACAUGUAGCUCCUCGGGUUGUGAAAGAAAUUGGAGUACCUUCGAGUCGAUUCAUACCAAGAAGCGAAAUAGACUUGAGCAUCAUAGAUUAAAUGCUCUAGUUUAUGUCAGAUACAAUACUAGAUUAAGAGAAAGGAGCAUCAAAAGAAAAAUGCAAAAUGUCGAUCCGAUUCUAGUUGAUGAAAUUGAUUCUGAUGAUGAAUGGAUAACUGAAAAAGAAGAUCUCGUGCUUCCUGAAGAUCCUUCUUGGCUUGAUGAAGAGAAUUUAUUUGAUAUUGAUGUCAUUAGAAUGGUGCAACCUACUGCAUAUGAAAAUAACCUUACACAUGAAUCUAUCAUUGAUGUUGGUAGUUUAAGAGGUACAAGUGAAUUAAGUCCAUCGAACAAAAAACAGAAGGCUUCAGAUCUACACAAAGAAAAAUCAGUGCUACUUGAGAGUGAGGAAGGAUUAGAAGAAGUGGAGAUUAAUGAUGAAAUGGACGGCGACCUCAUUUUUUAUAGCGAUUGA